GAACAUCUCUGUCUUCUGCGUAUUUAUUUCGUGACGUAGAGGCUGUGAGGGUGUUGAGGGUUUCGUUGUGUCAGAAGUAUAAAGAAGUGAAGAAAAUGUCUUACGCUUAUUUGUUUAAAUAUAUUAUUAUAGGAGAUACAGGCGUUGGCAAAUCGUGCCUGCUUCUGCAGUUUACUGAUAAACGGUUUCAGCCUGUUCAUGACCUGACUAUUGGGGUUGAAUUUGGUGCACGUAUGAUUACAAUAGAUGGAAAACAAAUCAAGCUUCAGAUAUGGGAUACGGCAGGGCAAGAGGCUUUCCGCUCCAUCACGAGAUCGUACUACCGUGGUGCUGCUGGUGCCCUGCUGGUGUAUGACAUUACCAGAAGAGAAACCUUCAACCAUCUUACCACAUGGCUGGAAGAUGCUAGACAGCACUCAAACUCGAACAUGGUUAUCAUGCUUAUAGGAAACAAGAGCGAUUUAGAUUCUCGCCGGGAAGUUGUCAAAGAAGAAGGAGAAGCAUUUGCAAGGGAACAUGGGCUGAUAUUCAUGGAGACUUCUGCCAAAACUGCAGCAAAUGUUGAAGAAGCAUUUAUCAACACUGCCAAAGAAAUUUAUGAAAAGAUCCAAGAGGGAGUGUUUGACAUUAAUAAUGAAGCUAAUGGUAUCAAGAUUGGACCCCAGCAUUCUCCAAGUUCACCAAGCCUUCCAGCAGGCGGUCAAGGGGGCAUGCAGGGCGGUGGGUGUUGUUAGGAGUUAGCCUGCCUCGCUGUCUGCUCCUCUUGCUCAGGGCUGUAAGUGCCCUCCUGGCCACAGUCAAAGCAGCAGUACACUGAGCCUAAUGGCCGAUGCCAGGCGCGUGCGUCUCCACUCUUUUUUUUUCCCCCCCCCUCCACACUCAAUCUAGCAUCAGUCAUGAUGGUUUCCUUGAAACAUGCUACUUAUGGUUCUCAUUGACUGUCUGAUCACUGUAACAAAACUGUAAUCUCAAGAGUUUGAGGCAGAAGGCUAUAUAUACAUAUAUAUAUUCAUAUAUACAUAUAUAAAAACCAGCACUUGUGUAAAUUUGUGAGUAAUCUCUCUUUAUAUUACCCACAUGAAUGAUGUGAUCCUGGAUGUAGACAGGAAUCUGAAUCCGUAACAUUAAUUUGAAACACUGUGUAUAUUAGCAUUGUAAUUAUUUAUGUUGUAGAUUUUUAUUCCACGAAUUGACACCAGAAAUAUCUACUUUUUGUCUAACUGAACAAAUAAAGUGUGGUAGAGAAUUGCUGUAAUGUCUUAUUGUAUUUGAACUGUGGAAAUAAUAUUUUUUGUUAGUUAAUUUCUUGAAAUAAUUGGGAACAUAAUUCCUAGUCAAGGAGAAACUGCUAGUCCUUAAAAUUGUGUAAUUUUCAAAUGGUUUUGUAAGUCUGAUAUCUUUGCUGGUGUGAUGCAUAGCCUGGUGACAGCUCUGUUUGACACCCAUGUUUUGUAUACUUUUUAAACAUUUCCCAGAGCAAAACUUAUGGAAUAACUUACUUUGAAGUUGAUACAUGUAGUUUCAAACAUUUGUGGGUUGUAACUGAUGUGUGUGUACUACCUAAGAUGAUCUCAUUGUUUUUCUUUUUACUACCAGUGAAAGUGUACCUCUUGCUUAUACAAUUGCAUACUUGCUGUAUGUUUAUUAACAAGCUUGUGCACAAUUAUAAUUUUCAAUGCUGUUUAUAGAACAUGUAUUUAUUAGUGCAGUGAAAUUCAUCUGAAUACAGAACAAUAACAGAGUUGCACACCAGCAAGAAUUUGUCUUUUUAAUUAGGCAGUAAUUUUUUAAAACUUUCUUUCAGUCUUCAAUUUCUACUGUUCUGGAUACUGUUGAAGUGAAUAAAGAAAUAUUCACUUAUUUUUUUAAUGAGCAGAACAGUUUCCUCAGAAUUGAUUGUUGUUUUUGAACAAUACAGUUAGUCCAUUCAGAAUAUUUUAUGUGCAUGUUUUUACAAACUUUUAAUAAUUGUAAUUAAUGUUUUCUCAUAAAUGCAGCCUUUUCUAUAUCAAAACAUGUAAACAUUCGUGUUUCAUGUUUAUCAAUAUGUAUGGACUUUUUAUUGUUGCACCAAAUAAAACCCCCACAUGGUGUGCACGAGGAAUGCUUGCAGUUA